UGCUCUUUGCUGUACAUCACACUGUUCCCUCUCCCAACAAUUUCUGGUUCUCAAAUGAAUCCAAUAUUUAUCAAGAAAUCAAGGAUGUCUAGUACCAACACUUCAGUACUUGAUUGCUUCAACCCUGAUGCAAAAUUCAACAUGAUUGAUCGAAACACUGCAAAUUUUCAUCCUAGUAUUUGGAAGGAUUAUUUCCUUCAAUAUGCUUCACAAUCCAUGGAAUUUGAUGAUGAAACGAAGGCACAAAUUGAAAAACUGAAGAAAGAAAUUGUCAAAAUGCUUAUUGAUGCCUCAAAGCCCAUUGAAGAAAUAGUUAACUUGAUUGAUUUAAUCUGUCGUUUGGGCAUUCGUUAUCACUUUGAAAGCGAGAUUGAAGAAGUGCUGCAACAAACUCACAACAAUUAUACCAAAAAUGGAGAAAUAAUAAUUGUUGAUGAUAACCUUCGCUUACUUGCUUUGCUUUUUAGGUUAUUAAGGCAACAAGGAUAUCACGUUUCACCAAAUGUAUUCAACAAAUUCAAGGAUGAUGAGAAUGGAAACUUCAGUGAAAAACUUGUGAAGGAUGUGGAGGGAUUGCUAGAAUUGUAUGAAGCAUGUCAUCUUAGAAUUCACGGAGAAGAGAUAUUAGAUGAAGCUUAUGCAUUCACUUCCACUCAACUUGAAUCCAUUGCAACCCAAUUGAAGCCUUCUCUUGCAGCACAAGUGAAGUAUAGUUUAAAGCAAUCUUUACACCGAGGUUUGCCGAGAUUGGAGGCACGCCGUUUUAUUUCAAUAUAUGAAGAAGAUCCAACCCAUAAUCACACUCUCCUCACUCUUGCAAAAUUAGAUUUUAAUUUCCUACAAAACUUGCAUCGGAAAGAAGUUGGCAACAUUUGCAAGUGGUGGAUGAAGUUUGAUGUUGCUGCAAAUUUUCCAUAUGCUCGAGAUAGAAUUGUGGAAUGUUGUAACUGGGUUGUAGAGGUUUAUUUUGAGCCCCAAUAUUUUCAAGCUAGAAAAUUAUUGACAAAACUGUUGGCUUUUACGUCAAUUAUUGAUGAUACAUACGAUGCUUAUGGAACUAUAGAUGAAUUGAAACUUUUCACUGAGGCAAUUGAAAGGUGGGAUAUUGGCUGUUUGAAUGAUCUUCCAGAAUACAUGAAAUUAAUUUAUGAGUCUCUCUUCAAUAUUUUUGAAGAAGCAGAAAGAGAACUUGAAAAGCAAGGAAGAGCAUACUGCAUUAAAUAUGUCAUAAAAGAAUUUCAGGAGACAAUCCAGGCCUACAUGACUGAGGUCAAAUGGUUGAAUAACAAGUAUAUACCAACAAUAGCAGAAUACAUCAAAACAUCAGCAAUAUCAUCUGGUUAUCCGUUGCUCAUAGCAAUUUCUUAUGUUGGCAUGGGAGAUAUGGCCACAAAAGACAUCUUUAAAUGGGUAACAAAUAAACCCAAAAUUGUUACAGCUUCUGGAACUAUGUGCAGGAUCAUGGAUGACAUUGUCUCUAAUGAGUUUGAACAAAAAAGAGAACAUGUUGCCUCAAUAAUAGAAUGCUAUAUGAGAGAUUAUGGUGUAUCUAAAGAAGAAGCCAUUCAAGAAUUGCAAAAGAGAGUUACAGAUGCUUGGAAGGAUAUAAAUGAGGAAUGCUUGAAGCCAACAGAAGUUCCAAGGCCAUUUCUAAUGAAUAUCCUCAACAUGUCACGAUUUAUGGAUGUGAUGUACAAAGAUGAAGAUUGCUACACUCAUGCUGAAGGAAAAAUGAAGAAAUGCAUUCAAGCUUUGCUUGUUGAUCCGGUGCCAAUCAAUAAUAUGAGGAAGGAUAUGAAACCUUUUAUAUAUGCCUAAACAAAAUCUAACAAAAUUGUAAGAGAGUUUUCUUUUUUAAUAUAAAGUAUUUAUUUAUUUUAGUUUUCAAAAAAUUUUGAACUAGAUACUUUAAUUAGUCUUUAACUAAAAUUAAUUAACUCAUUAGUCUUUAAUAUUUAACUCUGUACGUCAUAUUAGUUUU